GCGCCCCGCUCACCCUCCACUCCCUUUCUGACUCUUCCCCUCCACUAUUCCCCUCCGCGAUUGUCCCUCUAGUGGGCAAGGCCAGCCCUUCUUAAAGGAAGUGGGCGCUCCCCUGGACGCUUGUGUGGAGUACUCCUGUGGAUCACUUCUGUGCUGCCACCGCCGCUGCCGUCAUGUUUUCACCCCAGUCGCGGGCCCGGCCCGCCAUGGUGCUGGGCGCCAUGGAGAUGGGGCGCUGCCUGGGCGCCUCAGCCAGCGCCGAGUCCGUGCGCGCCUUCCUGGAGCGCGGCCACACCGAGACAGACACGGCCUUCAUGUACAGCGACGGCCAGUCCGAGAGCAUCCUGGGCAGCCUGGGGCUCGGGCUGGACGGCGCAGACUGCAGAGUGAAAAUUGCCACCAAGGCCAAUUCAUUGUAUGGAAACACACUGAAGCCCGAUAGUCUCCAGUCCCAGCUGGAGACGUCAUUGAAGUGGCAGCAGUGUCCCCUAGUGGACCUCUUCUAUCUGCACAUGCCUGACCAUGAUACUUCUGUGGAGGAGACGCUGCGGGCCUGCCAGCAGCUGCAACAAGAGGGCAAGUUUGUGGAGCUUGGCCUCUCCAACUAUGCUGCCUGGGAGAUGGCCAAGAUCUGUACCCUGUGCAAGAAGAAUGGCUGGAUCCUGGCCACCAUGUACCAGGGCAUGUACAAUGCUAUCACCAGGCAAGUGAUAGGUGGCCUGUCUUCUGUGUGAUGGGAAGUCUGCCAGGAACUCUGUACCAGAAAAACUGCCAGCUUUCCCUCUCCUCUUAGCACCAUCAGCAGUGAGCACCUGCUAGUGUCCCAAAUCCAAUUCAUUUCUGUCACCUCAGCCCCGAAGACUG